GAAAGUGACGGCUUACUAAUAAUAACCUUGUAAGAGGCGGGGAGAGGUGUAUAUAAGAUAGGUAUUAACACAGGCAGGUACAUUUAAUACCAACACACUCCUAAGAGUCUCAGUCCAGCUGAAACUUUACUCAUCAACAAUGAAGAUGAAUGCCAACCAGAUGAAAGAAUUAUAUGAUGCCAAUGGCUACCUGACAUCAAUCAAUGUUUUGGAUAAGAAUGAGCUGGAACUUGCCUCUAAAGAAUAUGAAAAACUGGAACAAAAAUUUGGCAAGGACUAUGCUCAGUACAGCCUGCACAACAUCCACAUGGAGUAUGAAUGGGUGAUGAAAUUGGCUUCCCAUUCCAACUUACUGCAUGCAAUCACUGCAGUGCUGGGACCUAAUGUUAUCCUCCUAGACUCUAGGUUUAUCUGUAAAUAUCCUUCAUCUGAUGUCCCACAUAAAGGUGACACUGCGCCAUAUGUAGCCUGGCACCAGGACAUCAAGUACUGGGGUUUCGAAGGUGGCCCAGUGGCUUCCGUGUGGCUGGCAUUUGAUGAUGUGGACACAGAAAAUGGAGUGCUGCAAAUAAUUCCAGGCAGUCACAAACAUGGUGUUUUUGAGCACAAAACUGCAGAGAUACCGGGAAACAUGCUGACAGCAAACCAGGAGAUCCCAAAGCAUUUGGUGAAUGCAGACAAAGCGGUUGAGUGUCCUCUUAAAGCUGGGCAAAUGUCUAUACAUGAUGGACUGACUGUUCAUGCCAGUGAACCCAACAUGUCCAACAGGAGAAGAUGUGGAUUUGUGAUCCGUUAUGUUCCCACCGCAGCAUAUCCUGUUAAGGACCCAGAACGUCCUAGAACAUUUCCAGCAACCGUUCUAGUGGCUGGAACAGAUGAGUUUCAGAACUUUCAAAACCACGCUCCCAACUUUUUUACCAAAACAUUUUAAUAAUCUUAAAAAAGUACACAUAUUAGUUAUGAGAUGUAUUUAAGUAAU